AUGGGUGUUGCAGACGGCUACGAAACCAUGCUGGCGAUCCGACUCGGGGAAGAGGAAAGACGAGGAUUGAAGGUCGAGACUCCAGAUAACAUUCGGCUGGCUGUAGAUUCGCGCGUAGGCGUGGAAAUUACAGCCAGAUUAUCUGGUCUUGGCUCUGCCGACUCGGGGACCCUUGCUUUAGCGCCUGUUCCACGCGAUGGCCCCCAUGCCAUCUUUCUCGAACACUCGGAUAUGCUCAGUAUGGCAUGUACUAGGAACAAUGCAUACUCAUCCACAAAUGACGUCCAUCGUGCAUCGAGCCUCCGCCGAAGCCCGCCGCAGCUGAGCCAUGUGGCAUUCCUAGACUGCAUCAACAAAAAGCAUAUCGACACAUACCCGGUGCUGUCAUUGAACCCCAACAGCCGGUCAGUUAUUAUGGGUCAAACUGAAAGCUGGCGAUCAAACUCCAGUACCGCCAAGACGUGA